CUUCUUGUAGGUCAAUAGAGAGACUCGAAGGGAAUGACGUGUCUAGUCUUCCUUAUUCGUUCUACCUCGACUCACUUCUGCAGCUACUUCACAAUAUGAGGAUCACUGUCGACACACAAGACCAACAGCAAAUACCAGACUAUGUCAACUGCAGUAUGCAAACAGAAUUCGACGCUUUCUAUCCGCAAUUGCAAUAUCAGGAGAAACAUGAAACAGCAAUGGUUAAGAAAGUCAGCGAUGAGGAAGAACAUAAAGAACAACACAUGAUUAUGAAAGGACUUACCGAAAUUAUCAGAAAACUAAAGGCAAAGCGAGAGAAGCAAAAAACACAGAAUUACGAGGAACAACAAAAAAUUGAAAACAGCGCUGGACCUAGCAUCCUGCAAGGUCAAAAACUCCUAGAUGGCAAUGCAACAAAUUUGAAUGAGAAAAAACAGCAGGAACUUCCUCAAAGAUGUGAUGUAUUUCCUGAAAAACCUUCCAUAAUUUCCAGUAAACCAGUUGCAGAACACAGGAACGUCGCUCAAAGCGUGACAGAUCCAUCACCUUCUUCCGACUUGCAAAGAUUGGAUGAUAUCAGUGAUAGUACUCGUCAAGAAUGUGAUGACAUCGACUUAAGCGAAGAAAACUGGUGGUUUGGCAGUAUCACCGAUAGAGAUGCAGCGGCCAUUUUACUGAAGGACUGUCCUGAUGGCACGUUUUUAUUAAGAAACAGUUUUUUCUACCCUGGGACAUAUUCCAUCACUCUUUCGUUGGACUGCAAACCUCGCCAUAUUCAUAUUAUUCAAGUUGCAAGUGGUUGUUAUGGUCUUACCGAGGAAAAUGCGAUUUAUCGUACUCUGAAAGACCUGGUUCAAGACUACCACGACACUGACACACUACAAAAACACAAUAGACAUCUCGCAACAAAACUGGUCUAUCCUUUGAGAUUUUUCAAGAAGAAUGUAUAGUUGAUUGACAAGACAGUGCGUGACACAAACAUUAGAGAAUACCAAUACGUGACAUUAUUCGUGAUUAUCACAUUGCGUGACAUGGAAUUUGACACGUGAUCAUGACAAUCAAGAUUGCUUUAUGAACUUCGGGUUUGCUGAGAUUGAGCCCACAGGAUCCUGGCAGUGCGUGACAUGAUCGUGACAUCAAGUGAUUGAGUGACAUGAAUGCUGUAGUGUCAUUGCGWGACAAAUGUAACGUGAUAAGUAAUCUAAACCAUUCGAGAAAUGGCGAUACCAAAUUAGGUUACCGUUACGCCUGAUUAUGAUAACUAAA